AUGGGUGACCAUAUUUCGGGCCGUGCAGAGGCCCUAUUAGCGUUCAUUAUCAAAAAAUAUCCAGAUGCGUACAAGGAGUUCACCGAGGUGAACCCUGAAGUAAACCCCACCGUUUUCGACACGGACAGCCCCGCCUCACCGGACUAUCCAAAAAGCAAUCCAUGUACAGCCGCCACUGCAUGUGACAUGGAUUGCUCGCCAAUCGGCUCGGAAGCCGACUCAGACACGACGCCGUCCUCCUCGGACACAGAGGAGGAUAACGACGGGUUCAAACCCGUCCUUACCAAAUCUGGUAAGAGGAAGGCGGCAAAAUCACUAAAGGCGCCGCCGCCAAACAAAAAACCAUCGACCCCAGCAGCUGCCGGUGCAGCUGCGCACGUACCUGCGGGCACACCUGUGUCCGCUCCUGCGGAGACGGCUCCGGAGGAGAACCUAGAUCGGCUCAUCAAGGAGCAUUUCGCCAUAGAGUCGUUUGGGGUACAACCGCGUCGACCUACAACCGACGCGGAGGGCAAGGCGCGCCAGAUAUUAGAAAGUACCACCAAGCAGCUGAGAGAUGGUCGUUUCGAAACUGGCCUCCUGUGGCGGAACGAAGAUGAGCCGACUCCGGAUAACCUGAGGUCAACAGAAAACCGGCUGCGCCACAUUGAAAGGAAGCUGGACAGGGACCCGAAGCUCAAAGCGGAAUACGGGAGGCAAGUCCAGCACCUGCUGGACAGCGGGUACGCCGACGAGGUUCCGGAAGACGGCGGCUCGGCGAGAAGAUGGUAUCUGCCGCAUUUUGCCGUGACCCAUCCCACAAAAAGAAGAUUAGACCGGAAAUUCAAGACGUCUAUCACCGGGGAGGAAAAAGAAGCCAAGCACCUCGUGGCCGUCGUUUCACCUAGCAGCCUUCCCACACCUGACCCGGUGAGAUUCUCCCGGGAAAGGACUCUAAGCACACGAUCCAGCGACCCGGUGUGGACAAAGAAACACAAUAAAAAGAAAACGAAGGCACAGCACUCAGCUCCACUCGCAAUAAAGGAGCGGUACCAGGAAAGAAAGGCUGUGGAGAGCCAGCAACCCCUAGACCGGAAGAGCAAACUUAAACGGCUGGAUAUCGCCGUGAACGAUGGGCUUAUAAGGAUCCGCGGCAGGAUCGACGCCGCCGAAGAACUCGACCGCGAUCUCAGGCAGCCAGUAGUGUUAGACGCGAAAGAUGACAUUACGAAGUUGAUCCUGACCCAUUACCACGAUAAGUUCAAUCACGGUAACCACGCUACCGUGAUGAACGAAGUAAGGAGAAGGUUUUGGGUCCUGGGCCUGAGAUCAGCGGUGCGAGCGAUAGCCCAUCGGUGCCAGUGGUGUCUAGUACGCCCCGACGGGCGAACGCGCGUAGUAGACGUGCGCACCUCCACUGGCCUUAUAAAAAGGCCGAGCUCGAAGAUUGUAAGGCUGGUGAGCCAGCCCACCGUUGAAGACAAGAUCGCCGAGCAGCAGCGCGGCGGUCCGGAACAGCUUCGCGUCGCCGGACAAGAGGAUGGUGCGAAGCACGAGGGGGCGUAUUUCGGCGACGCAGCUAAUAUUUAG